AUGAUUUUGGCGUGUUUUUUUGGGUUCACAACCCUGGCUGUCGCCUCGCCAGCACGCUGCCCUCAGAGCGGCUGGUCUCUGCUUGCCUUGAAGGGAGAGUUGCGAAGGAGUUCCGAGCAAAGGUGGAUAGAGACCACUCUAAACGAAUGCUAUUUCGGUGGCAAAGAGUGGUACGAAAGAUGGGAGUAUUGCUAUUCUGGCGGAUGCGCAGAAGAGUACCCGACAGGGCCUGAAGUGUGCACGAACGACCAUUCGUGUGUCCCCGCACGUGGUACCUGCUUGUAUGCCUCGCGUCGGCCGGUUCCCGUUGGUGAAUACAACCGCGAGACCUGCGGAUGGUACAAGUGCUAUUGUCGGCAUGUGGAGCCCGGCGAAUGCUCGGAAGCGGCUUUGCCAGGCUACACCAUCCUCCAAGAUGCUAUGACUGACUUAUGGGAGCCCGUGGGCGGCUCGGGAAAUCAUGCGUGCCGCGGAGACAAUGCCUCCGACAACGAUCCUCGUCAUUAUGUCGUUCACAAGAUCUAUUCUCUCGAAGAGUGCAAGCUCAAGUGCAUGGGCCUCGAUUGGGCUGAUUGCAGGGGCAUUGAGUACAGCCACGGGCGCUGUGAGAUUUGGACUCGAGAGUUCGGAAUCUUUGCGUAUGUGGAGAUCCCUCUGGAGAAGGCGGAAUUUACUUGUUUGCGAUAUGGCUGGCCUACUAACAAGCUGAGCCCUGCUGAACCAAGCGCAUCUCAUCCUUGCCGCUACAGAUCACCGGACGACGACGACCCGAGCCACUACGACUUGCUUCCUUCAAAGCACCCGUCACUGGAGGAGUGCAAGGCCGCUUGCACAGGGUACAGAAGCGGCAAUUCCUGCACCGGAAUCGAGUGGUCCCCGGGGCGCUGUGAAGUUUGGAAAUCUCCCAUCGGCAGCUUCGAUCCAACCGUCACCGGCUUCACAUGCAUGAAGAUGGGCGCGGAUGCUUCCCGCAAAGAAUGGAGCCCUCCCUGGUAG